CGUGGAAGAUAUUUGGUAAUAUGGAUCUCUGUCUUUACAGCUCUUGUUUUCGUCAGCCUUACCCUUCGGGUUCUGGCGCUGAGAAGGCAGAAGCGAGCAUUGAGAGCGGACGACUAUUUGGUAGUCUUUGCUACCAUUAACAUGCUGGCUUUGGAGGGUUGCACUUUCUGGGCUAUUCACAACGGCCUUGGAUACCAUGCGACGGAGUUGACAUUGAGAGAGCUAUCGAUCCAGUUCAAGUUAGAGUUUGCGGGCAAUGUCACAUGGACACUAUCCACGGUCGGCUGCAAACUAGCAGUCUUGAAACUCUACCUGGUCAUAUUUCAGGGCCCCAAGUUCAAGAGGGUGAUUUGGGUUGUGAUGGCAGGCUGUGUCGUUUACGCCAUUGUCUUAAUUCCCAUCUUCAUCGCAGCCUGCAAUCCAGUGAGGGCGAGCUGGGAUCCCCUCCUCCACGAGGAGAAAUGCUGGCCAUGGAUGUACCACUCGCUUGCCGCGCUCUCGCUCAACGUGCUGCUCGACGUUACCAUUGUUGCGAUGCCGCUACCGGUGGUAUGGAAAAUUAAAAUGCCAAUGCGAAAGAAGGUUGGCGUAAGCGCCAUGUUCAGUCUCGGUCUCUCAAUCGUUGCUAUCAUGCUCUGGCGCCUCGGCACAACUGUGCAAGCUCUCCACAAACCCGCAGACUUUUCUUACGACCUCUACAUCGUAGCACUCCAAUCUCUCCUCGAGCUAUGGCUAGGCCUCAUAGCCACCAACUUCCCAACCAUCGCGCCACUAUUCCCCCUUCUAUUGCCACCU